GGUGGCCGUGAUGGGUUAAUAUAAAAUGGUACCCUUCCACCCAGCCGCAGUACAGUUCUCCCCUUCUUCCAAGCCACAGUAGACCUAUCUGGUUAGAUCGUAUGGAGCCGCAGGAUGAGGAAGAUGAUGUGCUGGAUGAUCUAGAAGAAAUCGAAGACUUUGAUCCUACAGGGGUGUUCAUUGUGGAAGAUUUUCUAGCCGAGGAUGAAAUCAUAGAAGAAUUUAUCAGGGAGCUUGGAGAUGAAAUGAAGGCCGACAUCGACAGACGAUCAUCAACUGUACCUAACCGUCGUCGCCGACAGAUUGGACCAAGGAGGUACAUACCAAGAAAUCGAGAAAAAGGUCAUGAUGAUCUUGUUGCUAAUUAUUUUUCCGCAAAUCCUAUCUACACCGAUGAGAUGUUUCGUAGAAGAUUUAGGAUGACUAGGCCGUUGUUCCUACGCAUCGUGGACAAUCUUAGGGAGUGGUCUCCUUAUUUUACCCAAAGAGUCGAUGCAACCGGUAGGGAUUCUCUUUCACCCCUUCAAAAGUGUACCGCGGCUAUCAGGAUGCUAGCUUACGGCUCCUCGGCUGAUCAACUUGAUGAAGUAUUGAAAAUUGCUGCAAGCACUUGUUUGGAGAUUUUGGGAAAAUUUGCUGAAGGAGUGAUUGAAUGUUUUGGUGAAGAAUAUCUACGUCCUCCAACAAGUGAUGAAAUGGAGAAAAUCUUACAAGAAAACGAGGCUCGUGGUUUCCCUGGAAUGUUGGGUAGCAUCGAUUGUAUGCAUUGGGCAUGGAAGAAUUGCCCGAAAGGUUGGGCAGGCAUGUUCACUCGUGGUGACAAAGGCGUUCCUACUAUGAUCCUUGAAGCAGUGGCAUCCCAUGAUCUUCGUAUAUGGCAUGCUUUCUUUGGUACCCCUGGGUCUCAAAAUGAUAUUAACGUCCUAAACAAGUCUCCACUGUUCAUUCAAGCUAUAAAGGGGGAAGCUCCUACGGUACAAUAUAUUGUAAACGGAACACAAUAUGAUAUGGGUUACUAUCUUGCCGAUAAAAUAUAUCCCGAAUGGGCGGUAUUCGUGAAGACAGUAACGGCCCCUCAGUCGGCUGAAGACAAAUUAUUUGCAUUGAUGCAAGAGGGGGCAAGGAAAGAUGUCGAGUGCGCAUUUGGCGUAUUGCAGUCACGAUUUGAUAUUGUUCGACGACCUGCAAAAUUAUGGAAGCAGGCGGACGUUAUCAACAUAAUGCAGGCUUGUGUUAUCCUUCACAAUAUGAUAGUGGAAGAUGAGAAGGAAUCAGUUAGAGUUGCUUUGGAUUUGAAUGAGAAUCCGAGUGCGACGAUAGUGCUCCCACCUGAAGUGCGUACAAGCGACAACCCUAAUCCAUGCUUCGCAGAGGUGCUUCGCAGGAAUUCCGCUAUCAAAGCUCGGCCAACACACAGGAAACUCAAGAAGGAUCUAAUCGAGCACAUAUGGCAUCGCUAUAGAAACAAAGAAGAUUAAACAAUAUGUUGCAAUUAUAUAUAAUAUAAUAAUUAUUAUUAUGAUGGUUUUAAAAAUAUUGUAAUUAUGUUCGUCUUAUUUAUGCUUGAACCGUCUUCCAUCAAACGGCAACACAAUGGUAUACAAAUUGAUAUUCAUGAUUGAUCUUGGCUUCAUGCAAUGCAUUAAACUGCUUGCAGACGACCCCCCGUCUAUGGGUUGUACGACCUGUCUUUUUAAUCGUCUGUAUGUUAGAUUCUAGUCUCUUAGAGACGACCCCUGUCUGUGGGUUGUACA